CAAUUAUAUCAUCCACUCAUUAUCAUUGCUUAUGAUACUCUUCUUCAUCACAACUACUAAGUGAUAAGAAAAAAAAAGAAAAGAAAGAAAGAAACUUGAUGAUGAUGACAAUGAAGGCCUCAGCAUCCAUUUGUAGUAACAGCUUGAUCUUCUCUUCUCCUCCCUCAACACAAAACUCUCACACUUUCUCACCUUUUCUGGUCAAAUCCAUGGCUACUCCCAAACCAGUUACUGUCACUUCUAAAAAGAAUUCAACUGUAUUCCCACUUGGGGAAAAACCUAGGAGUGCUGUAACAUCGACACAAUCCGUUAAACUCCUCACAAGAAUGGAGCAACUGAGACUGUUAACCAAGGCAGAGAAAGCAGGUUUAUUAUCGGCAGCCGAGAAAGCAGGAUUAUCUCUCUCAACAAUAGAGAAACUUGGUCUCCUUUCAAAAGCAGAAGAACUUGGUGUUUUAUCAGCUGCUACUGAUCCAUCAACUCCAGGAUCACUCUUCACACUCAGCUUUGUUUUGCUUCUUUUAGGUCCUUUGUUUGUUUAUCUUGUUCCCGAAGAUAAUGUUGUCGAGGUUGGAUUGCAGGCUGUGGUUGCUUUGAUCUGUGUUGUUGGUGGUUCUGCUGGUUUUGCUGGUUCAAGUUUUGUAUCCAACUUGCAGAAAAUAAAAUAAAUUUGAUUUCUCUCUUAUGGUUUUUAUAUUAGUCCUUUGUUAUCUUAUUGUAUUAUGAUGUGAAAAGUGAAGAAAUAAUGAAUGAAUUCAUUGAUUGAUUUGUGAAUGAUUCAAAGAUUUAUAUAUGGAAAUGGAACAAACAGAAAAUGUAACUAAAUAAACAGAAUUAACUGAUUCUGUUAUUAGAUUUAA